CAACCUUUUCAAGAACAGAGUUACAUAAGACUAAAAUGAGUUCAAGAAUGCUAUAUUCUUCUUUAUAUGUUAUUAUGGUUUUGGUUUCGUGUAGAUAUGUUGAGAUAAAAGCUCAACAACUUCAAGUAGGUUUCUAUAUGCAAUCAUGCAGAAUGGCUGAGUUCAUUGUAUGGACUGAAGUCCAAAAUGCGUUCAAGACGGACAAAGGAGUUGCUGCUGGUUUAGUCAGAAUGCAUUUUCAUGAUUGCUUUGUUAGGGGCUGUGAUGCUUCAGUCCUCAUAGAUUCUACCUCUGCAAACUCAGCAGAGAAGGAUUCCCCUGCUAAUAGUCCCAGUCUUAGAGGAUUCGAAGUCAUUGACAGAGCAAAGACCAUGGUUGAAGCAUCAUGUGGAGGGGUGGUCUCAUGUGCAGAUAUACUUGCAUUUGCAGCUAGGGAUAGUAUCUUGAUGACUGGAGGACCUGGCUAUGACGUCCCAGCAGGGAGAAGAGAUGGCAGAAUUUCAAAAGCUUUAGAGGCAUCAGUUGGCCUACCACCCCCUAAUAGUAACGUCAGCCAACUCACUCAAAUGUUUGCAAGCAAAGGACUUACACAAGAAGAAAUGGUUACAUUAUCUGGUGCACACACCAUUGGACGCUCUCAUUGCACUUCUUUUAGUAACAGACUAUACAGUUACAACACGACGACUAUGCAGGAUCCUAGCUUAGACAUGGCAUAUGCAACCCAGCUAAAGCAGCAAUGUCCACAGGGCAGUACAGAUGUUAAUUUGGUGGUACAAAUGAACCCAUCCAGCCCGAACACAACGGAUGUAGGUUACUACUCAGAUGUCCUUGCUAACCGAGGAUUACACACCUCAGACCAAACACUACUGACAAAUGCAACUACAGCAAACCAAGUUAACCAAAAUGCAGCGAACCCCCAGCUUUGGAAGAACAAGUUUACUGCUGCUAUGGUAAAAAUGGGUCAAAUUGGUGUACUCACAGGUACUGCUGGCGAGAUCAGAGCAAAUUGUAGGGUCAUUAACUAAGAAAUAAGUAGGUUCCACGUAAGCAAUGCUCUUAAUAAUUCCAACUACUGCUUUUCGAAGCACUAGACAAAUUCGGAUAGUGUGAUGCAUUAACUAUUGUAAUAUUUCUUUCACACUGUUUGAAUAAAUAAAUUACAAGUUUGGAAAUAC